AAAUAUGAUAGUUGACAUUGACUUCUGACAGUAUUCAAUACUGAUAUGGAUGUCAUGUGUAUUGUAACAUAAAACAUUAUUUUCGUUGUUCUAUUAAAUGUAAGGUUAGGUAUAUUUCAACAAUCACACUCGAUAAAUAAUCAAAGGAACACUAAAAUAAAUUAUACCAAAACGGACAUGGCGUCGUUAAAUAAAGCUCUAUUGCAGACGCCAGCCACUUUUUUAAUUGCAAGACGCUUUCGAGGUAAAAUAAAUAUACAGAGACCUCGGAAACCUCACUUUGAGAAGCAGCUUCUUCUUGAUAUGACUAAACCUAUCUAUGGACCACCUCGAACAAAUUUACCUGAAUAUGUUUUUUGUGAUUUUCAUAAAUCUAAUGCAAAAAAGGAGAUUGACAAUCCAUUCGAAAGGAUAUUGGCACGUGAGUGCCUUGAUUGGUUUAAUACAUCAAAAAUGGUUGUGUUCCUGCACAUGAACUCAAUAUCCAUGGAAGAUAAGACACCAAUUUUCGCGGCAUUAAAAAAGAACAACCUACAUUUAAGGACGUAUGGUAAAAAAAUUGUAAGUAUGGCGAUUACAGGCACAAGAUAUGAAGUUGUUAAUCAAUUAUUUACAUCACAUCAAAACAUAAUAUUUGGGCAACCAAAUAAAGCUGACAAAAUGUUUAAAAUCUUGAAAAAGGCACCUCAACUAGUUGUCAUGGCUGGAAUUGUAGAAGAUAGACUAAUGUCAAAAAGUGAGUUAGUGGAGUUCAGUAAACUUCCCAACCUGGAUGUUGCUAGAAGUCAAUUGUGUAAUGUGCUGCAGAGCGCUGGUUCUUGUCUUGUGAACCAAUUAAAUCAAAACCAGCAAAUAUUAGUAUCACAUCUAGAUAAACAUAUUGAAUUGCAAAAUGCACCACACAGUGAAGAAAAAUCUGAUGUAAAGGAGAGUUCUUAGAAAAGGGUUAUAACAGUGAUUGUUAUCGUAGAUUAAUUAAACAUAAUUGUAAUGG